AGUCAUUUUAAGCCAUCACAAAUCUGGUCACUCUGCAGCCAAGGCAUUUAUUUCGCACGCAAAAUAAUACACAAAAACCAACAAAUUACGGCCGUAAAAUGCUAUACUUUGGGCCUAAAAGAGGCUAACUUUUGCAUUCGUUUAGUGUGAGUGAUGGAAAUUUAGCCAGCGAGUGAAAGAGAGAGGGAGCCCCGUGUCCUAGUCCAACAAGCCCGCCGAGCAGCAAGUGCGAGUGCAAGGCCUUCACAGCGAGAGAAAGAGAGAGAGAGAGGAGAGAAAGGGGAGGAGGAGUGAUUUUGAGUGGGAGCCCCUCCGAAUUCUGUAUGAGAUCCUGUUUAUCCGCCCGAAAUGAUGCCCUACAAUGUGCGCAACGCCGGCGGCGGCAGCGUUGGCGGCAUUCUCCGAAAGACAGGAACAAACGUUGGAUCCUCCGCCACCACCAUUCAUGCUGCAUCCGCUGGCCAUAUCAAUGGAAGCGCAGCAUCGUCAGCGGCCAGUCUAGAGACCCGUCAACCGCCACUGGAGCUGCUCGUCUUUGGAUACGCCUGCAAGAUAUUCCGCGACGAUGAGAAGGCCCGCGAAAUGGAUCAUGGCAAGCAGCUGAUCCCCUGGAUGGGCGAUGUAAAUCUCAAGAUAGACAGAUAUGAUGUGCGUGGAGCACUUUGUGAACUGGCGCCACAUGAGGCGCCGCCAGGUGGCUAUGGCAACAGGCUGGAAUAUCUCAGCGCCGAGGAGCAGCGCGCGGAGCAGCUGUGCGAGGAGGAGCGUUACCUGUUCCUCUACAACAACGAGGAGGAGCUGCGACUGCGUCAAGAGGAGGACCUCAAGCGGCUGCAGCAGGAGACCUCCGGUGGCAGCUACAGCCAGGUGGGCUUCCAGUACGAUGGCCAGUCGUCAGCGGCCUCGAGCACAAGCAGCACAGCUCCACCAGCCCAGCUCUCGCCCAACUCCGAGGAGAGCGAGCUGCCCUUUGUCCUGCCGCGCACCCUGAUGAUGGCUCCUCCACUGGGCAUGCAGCUGCCGGAGACAAUGAAGCAGCACGCCAUCAUCGAGAAGACGGCUCGCUUUAUUGCCACCCAAGGCGCCCAGAUGGAGAUUCUGAUCAAGGCCAAGCAGGCCAACAAUUCACAGUUUGACUUCCUUACCCAGGGUGGCUAUCUGCAGCCCUACUAUCGUCACCUCUUGGCUGCCAUCAAGGCGGCCAAAUUUGCGCCAGCUCCAGAGAUUUCCAUGGAACAGCAGCAGCAGCAGAAUACCGAACAGCAGGAGGACUCCCAGUUGGGUGAGGAUAGUGGUGGUGCUUUGGGCAAGAGGGGUAACACCAACCAGGUGGUCAUCACGGUGCCCACCAUCAAAUACAAGCCCUCGGCCAAUUGUGCAUACACCCAGCUGAUAAGCAAGAUCAAGGGUGUGCCCCUCCAGGCGGUUCUGCUGGAGGAUGAGAGCAGUAAUCCCAGUAAUGGCACUGCCUCGCCCACGCUAAGCUGCCGCUCAGAAGGUCACAGCCAGGGCGGGGAAUUUACACCUGUGCUGCUGCAAUACAAUGGCAGUACGUUUACCCACCAGGAGGAGACGGCGGCGGCGGCGGAGGAGGUGCAGCAGCAGCAGCAGAUUGAGGUGGCGAGUGAAGCAAAUACUAGCGAGCCACCGCAGGUGGAGCUGCUUAAGAAUACAAGUGCUUUGGCCUUGGCUCAGAAUUACAGUUCCGAGAGCGAGGAGGAGGAGGAGGAGGGGGAAGAGGAGCAGCAAGAGCAGAAAAAGGAGCCUGUAAAGCCGGAGCCUGUACUUACCUUCCCGGUGCCGGAGGAGACUCUGCGUCACAUCAUUGACAAGACGGCCACGUAUGUCAUCAAGAAUGGACGCCAGUUUGAAGAGACGCUGCGCACCAAAAGCGUGGAGCGAUUUAGUUUUCUGCUGCCGGAGAAUGAGUUUUAUGCCUAUUACCUGUACAAAGUGACGGGCGAUGUGGAUGCCGCCUCCAAGGAGGAGAAGACCCGCAAAGCAGCAGCCGUGGCAGCCGCUCUCAUGUCCAAAAAGGGUUUGAGUUUUGGUGGAUCAGCGGCUGGCAAUGCUCUGGAAAAGGCUCCUGUAAGUUUCUCUAUACGCGCCCGGGAUGAGAAUGCCCCUUUGCAACCCAUUCUUCCGCAGGAGGCCAGCGAUGAGGAGGCCACUGGAGGCGAGCAUGUGCGUCCCGGCAUGCCCGACAGUGUCCAGCGAGCCAUUAAGCAGGUGGAAACCCAGCUUUUGGCCAGAACUGCAAGCCAAAAGGCAGGCUCCUCGCCGCAAAAGGAGCAGCGACAAGCCGAGGAGCGCGUAAAGGACAAGCUGGCGCAGAUAGCCAGGGAAAAGCUGAAUGGAAUGAUAUCGCGGGAAAAGCAGCUGCAGCUGGAGAGGAAGCGCAAGGCCAUGGCUUUUCUCAAUCAAAUAAAAGGUGAAGUUACCUCUGUGGGCAGUGCUGUGCCCAGUGCCCCAGAGCUGGCGGCAGGAGCUUCUCCUUCUCGUGGUGCUGGCAACAGUGACAACGAGUCUAAUGAUUCAGUGCGCUCCAUACCCAUCACCUAUUUUGGACCCGACGACGACGAAGACGACGAUGAUGAUGAUGAUGACGAAGGGGAUGGGGAACAUAUCCAAAAGCAACUUAACAAAGAAGCCCUAAAGCCUAACCCUGAGGAUGAGGAGGACGAUGACGAUGAUGGCGAUGGCUUUGACUUGGAAAAGUACAAUUUGCUGAAUGACGAUAGCACCAAUACCUUUACCAGCAAACCCGUGCGUGCUCCCUCGGCUCCACCGCCUCCUGUUAUAACACCCAUGCAAGCAGCUGUCCUGCUCUCCGAUGACGACGAUGUCCAGCUGGUGUCCACCUCGGCAAGAAUUUCCAGCUCGCGUCACCAACGCAUGACGACCCACCGGCGCAGGAGCAGGAGUCGCAGUCGUAGCCGUUCCAGCAGUGCUUCCAGUCGUGAAUUGUCCUCUUUGAGACGCAGGCCCAAGGGCCUCCCCAAGACCUCCAGGGAAUCAAUGAUGCAUCAGCAUCAGCAACAGCAGCAGCAGCGGCGAAAGAGUCCCAAGAAGCGUAGAAGAAGCCGAAGCAGAAAUAGAUCUAGGUCCAGGUCUAGGAGCCUUCGAAGGAGCAGAAGUAGAAGCAGAAGCAGGAGCAUAUCAAGGCCCAGCCGGAGAAGCCGUUCAAGAAGCCACUCCAGCAGCCGCCGGCAGCGACGCCAGCGCACGCCACCACCCACCAAGAAGAUUAGCAGCAAGCAGCGUCACAAGCGACGCCGACGCAGCGGCUCUGCCUGAUCCAGCACCUGCCCCCAAAAAUCUUAUCAUUGCUUCGCGUAGUGUUUUCCGACAGAGAAUCGUGUAACAAAUAAAGGCACCAACAUAUUUUUUUGUAAA